CUGGGAAACAGGAAGUAAAACAUUGAUGCUUAUCUCCAUCUGCCUGUGGAUGUGCUGAUAGUUGAGUGCACUGCUUUUACUGUUUCAUUUUAAAGUUUCUUCAAAGGAGGGAGGACUGCCAGCUGCCAACAUGUCAAGCAAAAGGGCCAAGGGGAAGAACACGAAGAAGCGUCCUCAGCGGGCCACCUCCAAUGUGUUUGCUAUGUUUGAUCAGUCUCAAAUCCAGGAGUUCAAGGAGGCUUUCAACAUGAUUGAUCAGAACAGAGAUGGCUUUAUUGACAAAGAAGACCUUCAUGACAUGCUUGCCUCAUUAGGUAAAAACCCUACUGAUGAGUACCUGGAGGCUAUGAUGAAUGAAGCACCGGGCCCAAUCAACUUCACCAUGUUUCUGACCAUGUUUGGGGAGAAACUUAAUGGCACAGAUCCAGAAGAUGUGAUUCGUAAUGCGUUUGCCUGCUUUGAUGAAGAGGGAACAGGUUUGAUCCAGGAGGAGUACCUGAGGGAACUGCUCACUACGAUGGGUGACAGGUUCACAGACGAAGAGGUGGAUGAGCUCUUCCGCGAGGCGCCCAUUGACAAGAAAGGAAACUUCAACUAUGUAGCAUUUACACGUAUUCUAAAACACGGUGCAAAGGACAAGGAUGAUUAGUGACAGAGGCUGUGCCGUGUGAGGUUCAUCCUGUGCUUCGUGCAUAUCUUUAAUGGGUUUCCAUUUAGUUUAGAAGAGCUAUAUCAUGUAGUUUGGCUACUGAAUAAGCUUCACUGUGGUAUAGCUGGUUGAAGGUCAUUUGUUAAGCUGCUCUCUGGACCUCUGGGUCCCCCCCCACUCCCCUCUCCAAACCCUCAUUUUCAAAGCUCAUUUGCACAUCCGUGACAACACUUCAGGGUCUGUGUUAAGCUUGUAGAGAUGUAUGAAAAGACCAUUAUGGAUAAAGCUGGAAAUAAACUGAUACAAGAUGUUUUACUGUGAAUGAAUCAGUUGUAUUUUGAAGGAAAGUUACAAAUUUUGGAACAUUUUCUUUCAUGAAUCACCAGUUAAUUGUUGUUUUUUUU